AAAUUUUACCAAUUACCACCAACCCUUUGAAGGAAACCUAAAUCUCACAAACUCAAAUCUCAAUCUCGAUCUCAGAUCUCACGAACACUGUCCGGCGGCGUCUCUACUGAGCAACCCACUCUUGUAUCUGCGGGAUUUAGCUGAGAUUUCGAACGAAUUUCAUCCAUGGAGGUGGAAUUGAACUAGCAGUAGCCAGUAGCCACCGAUCUUUUCGAUCUCGAAGCCCAGAAGAGCAAAUUCAUGGGGCAGUGCCCUCUGUUCUUGUUGAUUGCAGAAGAUAAGGCAAACAAUUCUUCUGUGGGAGGUUUAAUUUAGUCGCCGUUGGUUGUCGCUUCAUUGUUCUGAUGGCUCUCCAAACCUAUGCCCAUUUCCAGCUCUCGCGUCAUCUCCUCCCUCCCUCUUCCUACCCUGUUAAUGGGACUCGAAGAGGGCGCCGUCUUCAUCUUCUCUGCGGCAGCAGCAGUGAUGCUAGUGGUAGUAAGAAGGGAGUGCCCAAUUCCAACUAUGUUGUUCCACUCAACAAAUCGUUUUCUCCGGCUAACUCGUCCUGCAUCACUCGUCCUCUGGCUGAGAUCCUCCGCGAUCUAAAUAAGAGAAUCCCUGAUAAUAUCACUCAGAAAAUCCCUCAGUCCGACACCCAUGAUCGUCCUCCCCCUACUUUCAUCCCCUGGUUUCAUGCCAACAGGAUGUUGAGUUUCUAUGCCCCUGGAUGGUGUGGAGAAAUACGAGAUGUCAUAUUCUCUGACAAUGGUAGUGUGACUGUGGUGUAUCGUGUUACUGUAAGAGGAUCUGAUGGAGAGGCACACCGCGAAUCGACUGGAACAGUAUCUGCCACUGAUAGCAAUAUUGAGGAUCCUGUAGCUGCAGCGGAGGAAAUAGCUUUCUGCAAGGCUUGUGCAAGAUUCGGCCUGGGUUUGUACCUGUACCAUGAAGAAUGAAUGCAGAAAACAACAUAAGAACGUGACAUCACGACGUGUACUGUUAAAGGUUAUUUAGUUCAAUGCAUUGUAGGAAGUGUUUGCGACUUGAGGUGUAUAUCAGUAGUUUUAGAUAAUUCAGUUGAGGUGUUGAACUUGAACAAAGUCAUAGCUAGGUUGAUGCUUCCAUGGUACUGAGUUAUAUGUUUAGAAUAAACACAAAAGCAACUGGAGACUGUACUGUACACCAUUGCAUAAUAAUGAGUAAUGACAGUAUGUAUGUAUUUCUUAUAUUUGUAAUGACAGUAAUUACACGAAAUUGAAUGGCAGUUUGCACUUCUUUCAAA